AAGCCUGUCCCGUACUUUCUUGGGUUGAUUGCUGACCACCACCCCCUUCUUUCUCCACCCCACCCCCUCCGCCCAUCAACCCAAGGGACAUGGAACCACCACCACAAACCCUGCCGCCGCAACCACUACAAAGAACCUCCUCGGUCCCGACCACACUUCUCAACAAAUACGAAGUAGGCCGAUUAUUAGGCCGUGGCAGCUUUGCAAAAGUGUAUGCAGCCCGUUCUUUAUCCGACAAGACACAGCUGGUAGCGAUCAAAAUCAUCGACAAAACAAAAACCGAUGCUGCCAUGGAACCCCGCAUUAUCUCCGAGAUCUCAGCCAUGCACCGCCUCCAACACCACCCAAACGUUCUCAAGAUCCACGAAGUUAUGGCUACGAAAACCAAAAUCUACCUCGUCAUGGAACUUGCCUCGGGAGGCGAUCUUUUCUCUAAGAUCCGGAAGAUGGGCAAACUUAAAGAACCAGCCGCACGUCGUUACUUUCAACAACUUGUGUCUGCCAUCCACUUCUGCCAUCAAAAUGGUGUCUCUCACCGCGACAUCAAGCCUCAUAAUUUGCUCCUUGACGGUAAAGGUAAUUUAAAAAUAUCUGAUUUUGGACUCUCGGCGUUAAAGAAUGGAUGUGUUAAUGGUGGUUUUAUGCUUCAAACGGCUUGUGGGACUCCGGCUUUCACAGCACCGGAAGUUAUGGCGCAGCGGGGCUACGACGGAUCUAAAGCGGAUGCUUGGUCUUGUGGGGUCAUUUUGUUCUUUUUAUUAUCGGCUUCCUUGCCUUUUGAUGACAGUAAUCUUGCAGUUAUGUACAGGAAAAUUCGUAAAGGAGAAUAUCAAUUGCCUUCUUGUUUACCAAAGUCGGUUAAAUCGAUUAUAAACCAACUUCUCGACCCGAAUCCUAAUAAAAGAAUGAGCAUAGAAGCGUUAAUGAAACAUCCUUGGUUUUUGAAGAAGUUUGAAUUACCAACUAAAAGUAGUGUGUUCGAGUCGGAUUAUAAAGAAUAUUGUAAAUUUGAUAAGAGUGCGGCUGGGGGCAUUAAUGCGUUUGAUUUAAUAUCUCUGUCUUCAGGGUUGGAUUUGUCAGGGUUGUUUGAGGUUAAACACGCGAGGGAUAGAAGAUUUACAUCAAGCGAAACGGUGGAAAGAGUAACGGAGAGAGUGAGAGAGGUUGGAGGGAGAUUGGGAUAUAUAGUGGAGGAAGGAAUGGUUGGGGGUGCUAUAGGGUUGGGGAAAGGGAGGGUGGGAUUGGUGUUUGAGGUGUGGGAAAUAGUGGAGAAGCUGUUGGUGGUGGAAGUUAAGGUGGUGGAGCGUGGUGGGGUGGAAUUUGAGGACCUUCAUUGGGGAGAACUGAAAGAAGGGCUUGGAGAUGUUGUGCUUCAAUGGAAUGAUGAUGCUAUGUGAAGAGAGGUUCAUGUUGUUCUUCAAUGGGAUUUUAGGAGAUUCGAGCAUGUUUCUACCAACAGUGAGCCUAAUUACCUGAUCUCGGUGGAUGCUUGUAUGGUUAUUAUUGCUCUAUUUGGGAAUGGAAAACAUUAGCUGAUCUUUGUACAUGAAUUUUAUUUUUUUUCAGUUGUAGAAUAAUUUUCACUAUUUACUUGUGUGUUAGCUUGGUUUGUGAUCUUAAUUUCCUGGCUUAAGCUAGUUAACUUGUAAAUGUGAUGAUCUCAAUUAAGUUGGGUUUAAUUC